UGCGCCCAUGAGAUUUGGCUAUAAAAUGAGCAUCCGACAGCAGCAUUGGGGGUUCACUCAUCCCACCAACCUCGCCUCGACACUGCAUCAGCUUAAUCCAAUCACCAACCACCCACCACCAAUCCAACCACUUAUCAAUGGCCCGCACUAAGCAAACCGCCCGAAAGUCCACCGGUGGCAAAGCGCCACGGAAACAGCUCGCAGCUAAGUCGGCCCGCAAGUCGGCACCCACCACCGGUGGUGUCAAGAAGCCUCACCGAUACCGUCCCGGAACAGUCGCCCUUCGAGAAAUCCGUCGGUACCAAAAAUCCACCGAACUUCUCAUCCGGAAAUUACCCUUCCAGCGGCUCGUCCGGGAGAUCGCUCAAGACUUCAAAACCGACCUCCGUUUCCAGUCCUCAGCCGUCAUGGCACUCCAAGAAUCCGCCGAGGCUUAUCUGGUCGGCUUAUUCGAAGACACUAACUUGGCUGCUAUUCAUGCCAAACGAGUCACUAUCCAACCUAAAGACAUCCAACUCGCUCGGAGACUGAGAGGAGAACGAUCAUGAUCCUACUUAAUCCCUCAAUCUCUCCUUCCCCUUGUAUUCUCUAUCUUCUGUGUCUUUCCUGGCUUGCAAAUUCUUCCCUUGUAUUAUUUCUUCAUUCGAAAACUCUAGCCGUCUAUUCUAAUUUCACAUCCCGUAUUCCGUUGAGCAUUUUUUGUGAGUUGUUUGGAACAGGAUGCCCGCCAGGUGCCCAAAACCUCUCUCCAGCUUCUGUGUUUAUGAUACCAAAGCCGGGUCCGCGGGCCACGCUGCGUUCGAAGUGUGGCAUCGGUCCAGGUGCAUGUAGGAAACACUAAAAUCCCUUG